CUUCUUCGUCUUCGUCUUCUUUUUAUUCUUCUAUUUCUUCUUCCUCUUAUACUACUACUUCUUCAUCUCCCUCUUUUACUUCUUCUUCUCCUUCUACUUUUACUUCUUCUCCUUCUACUUCUACUUCCUAUUCUUCUUCGUUUUCCUCUUUCUGUUCCUCUUCGUCUUCGUCUUCGUCUUCGUCUUCCUCUUCUUCUUUUUCUUCUCCUUCUUCUACUUCUACUUCGUCUUCAUCCCCUUCUACUUUUACUUCUUCUACCUCUUCUUCUUCUUCUACUUUUAACACUUCUUCUCCUUCUUCUAUUUUUUCUUCUUAUUCUACUUAUUCUUCGUCGUCUUCUUCUUCUACUAAUACUUCUUCCUCUACUUCUACUUCGUCUUCUUCUUCUUCUUCUUGUACUACUUCUUCUUCUCCUUCUUCUAUUUCUACUUCCUAUUCUUCUUCGUCUUCGUCUUCGUCUUCGUCUUCCUCUUCCUCUUCCUCUUCGUCUUCGUCUUCGUGUUCGUCUUCGUCUUCCUCUUCUUCUUAUUCUUCUCCUACUUCUACUUCUACAUUUUUUUCGUCUUCUACUUCUAAUUUUUCUUCUUCUUCUUCUUUUUUCUUCUUCUUCUUCUCCUCCUCCUUCUUUUUAUUGUCCUUCUUCUAGUUUUUCUUCGUCUUCUUCCUCUUCUACUUUUACUUCUUCUACCUCUUCUUUUUCUGCUUCUACUUCUUCGUCUUUCGGCUGUCUUGCGUCCUCUUUCCUUCACGUCAGCAACAUCCAUCCGCCGAUGUCUCUUUUCUUAUGCCUUUCCACUACCAGAUCCGUCAGCAUCCAGUUCGUCUCACCAGUUCAUACGUCUUCUACUAUUGGCAUCCGACCUCCCUCCCUUAAGUCGUCUGAAGAAAGAUUUGCUCAUUGCUUCGGCACAUUCCACGCUUCCUCAUCAAACCGCUCAUGA